UUCCUUUUCCCCCCCAGCCUGGGACCAGGACUGAGCAGACUGACCGGGACCUGGGAGCUCUCGAGGUGUCUGGAGGCCUAGUGAGCCCCGGACCCAGAAGGCUCAAGGAGCUGGAGGUGACCCUGAGGCAGCAAGACCCCAGAGGAAAGGCGCAAGCCCUGCAGACGACUGUGCGCCACCCCGGGCUGGGCUCCUGUUAGGAGGGGGUGCUUGUGCUCAGGCAGCGGCUCAGAGGCAGCUGCUCCAUGCAGAACUGAAGCUGGUCCUACAGCAGAAGGGAGAGAGGAAACCGGAGGAGCCGGGGGCUCAGGGGACUCCCAGCAGCACCAUGGAGGCCAGGAGCCGGAGUGCCGAGGAGCUGAGGCGGGCGGAGUUGGUGGAGAUCAUCGUGGAGACAGAGGCGCAGACCGGGGUCAGCGGCAUCAACGUAGCGGGAGGCGGCAAGGAAGGAAUCUUCGUCCGCGACCUGCGUGAGGACUCGCCAGCGGCCAGGAGCCUCAGCCUACAGGAAGGGGACCAGCUGCUGAGCGCCAGAGUGUUCUUCGAGAACUUCAAGUACGAGGACGCGCUCCGCCUGCUGCAAUGCGCCGAGCCUUACAAGGUCUCCUUCUGCCUGAAGCGCACUGUACCCACCGGGGACCUGGCCCUACGGCCCGGGACCGUGGCCGGCUACGAGAUCAAGGGCCCGCGGGCCAAGGUGGCCAAGCUGAACAUCCAGAGUCUGUCCCCUGUGAAGAAGAAGAAGAUGGUGAUGCCCGGGGCCCUGGGGGCCCCUGCAGACCUGGCCCCUGUUGACGUCGAAUUCUCCUUUCCCAAGUUCUCCCGUCUGCGUCGAGGCCUCAAAGCCGAGGCUGUCGAGGGUCCUGUCCCAGCUGCCCCCACCCGCCGGCGCCUCCAGCUGCCUCGGCUGCGGGUCCGAGAAGUGGCCGAAGAGGCCCAGGUAGCCAGGCUGGCGGCCGCCGCUCCUCCCCCCCGGAAGGCCAAAGCAGAGGCCGAGGUGGCAGCAGGACCCCGUUUCACAGCUCCCCAAGUGGAGUUGGUUGGGCCCCGGCUGCCAGGUGCCGAGGUGGGUGUCCCCCAGGUCCCAACCCCCAAGGGGGAGGCGGCCCCUGCCGUGGAGCCUGCGGCUGUAGGGAUCCAGGUCCCCCAAGUGGAGCUGCCCUCCUUGCCCUCGCUACCUGCUCUGCCCACACUUCCCUGCCUGGAGACCCGGGAAGGGGCUCUGGCAGUGACGGUGCCCACCCUGGACGUAGCAGCACCUACAGUGGGGGUGGACCUGGCCUUGCCUGGUGCAGAGGUGGAACCCCGAGGCGAGGUGCCUGAGGUGGCCCUGAAGAUGCCCCGCCUCAGUUUCCCUCGCUUUGGGGCCCGAGCAAAGGAAGCUGCUGAGGCCAAGGUGAAGGGGCCCAAGCUUCGAAUGCCCACCUUCGGGCUCUCUCUCCUGGAGCCCCGGCCUGCUGUCCCCGAAGCUCCCGAGAGCAAGCUGAAGCUGCCCACCAUCAAGAUUCCCUCCUUUGGUAUCGGGGUCUCGCCGCCAGAGGUCAAGGUGCCCAAGGGGCCUGAGGUGAAGCCCCCCAAGGUCCCAGAGGUCAAGCUCCCCAAAAUGCCUGAGCCAGUCCUUCCAGAGGUGCGACUCCCAGAAGUGGAGCUCCCGAAGGUGUCAGAGAUGAAGCUUCCGAAGGUGCCAGAGAUGGCCGUGCCUGAGGUGAGACUUCCAGAGGUGCAGCUGCCAAAAGUCCCAGAGAUGAAGUUGCCAAAGGUGCCGGAGAUGGCUGUGCCCGAAGUGCGUCUCCCAGAAGUACAGCUGCCGAAAGUCCCAGAGAUGAAACUCCCUGAGGUGAAGCUCCCAAAGGUGCCGGAGAUGGCCGUGCCAGAAGUGCGUCUCCCAGAAGUGCAGCUGCCGAAAGUCCCAGAGAUGAAGCUGCCGAAGGUGCCCGAGAUGAAAUGCCCGGAAAUGAAACUCCCGAAGGUGCCGGAGAUGGCCGUGCCGGAAGUGCGACUCCCAGAGGUGCAGUUGCCGAAAGUCCCCGAGGUGAAACUCCCCGAGGUGAAACUUCCCGAGGUGAAGCUCCCUAAGGUGCCAGAAAUGGCCGUGCCGGAAGUGCAUCUCCCAGAGGUGCAGCUGCCGAAAGUCUCAGAGAUGAAGGUCCCCGAGGUGAAACUCCCCGAGGUGAAGCUCCCGGAGAUAAAACUCCCCAAGGUGCCGGAAAUGGUCGUGCCGGACGUCCACCUCCCACAAGUGCAUCUGCCAAAGGUGUCAGAGAUGCGGCUGCCAGAAGUCCAGGCGCCCAAGGUCCCGGAGGUGCAUCUGCCGAAGGCACCAGAAGUGAAGCUGCCCAAGGCUCCAGAGGCGCAGCUAAAAGCUGCCAGGGUAGAGGAGGCGGAGGGCAUGGACUUCGGCUUCAAGAUGCCCAAGAUGACCUUGCCCAAGCUAGGGAGGGCGGAGUCCCCAUCUCGGGGCAAGCCGGGUGAGGCAGGCGCUGAGGUCUCAGGGAAGCUGGUGACACCUCCCUGUCUGCAGCCAGAGGUGGGCAGCGAGGCUCGUGUGGGUGUCCCCUCUCUCACACUGCCCUCGGUGGAGCUAGACCUGCCGGGGGCCCUGGGCCUGGAGGGGCAGGCCGUGGCCGCCGAAGUGGGCAAAGGGGAGCAGGCAGAAGCAGCUGGGGUCGGGGAAGUUGCUUUCCGGUUGCCUUCCGUGGAGAUCGUCACCCCACAGCUGCCCACACUGGAGGAAGGGCAGGCAGAGGUGACAGAGGCGAAAGUCAAGCUCUCCUCCAAGUUCUCCCUGCCCAAGUUUGGACUCUCGGGGCCAAAGGUGACCAAACCAGAGGCUGAGGGGGCAGGACGAGCUGCCAAGCUGAAGGUGUCCAAGUUCCCCAUCUCACUCCCCAGGGCUCGGGUGGGGACCGAGGUGGAGGCCAAGGGUACAGAGGAGGCAGGUCUGCUGCCUGCCCUCGACCUGUCCAUCCCGCAGCUAAGCCUGGAUUCCCAUCUGCCCACGGGCAAGGCAGAGGUGGCCGGGGCCAAUAUCAAGCUCAAGGGGCCCAAGUUCGGCCUGCCCAAGUUUGGGGUCAGGGGCCGGGACACUGAGGCAGGAGAACUAGUGCCAGGGGCGGCUGAGCUGGAGGGCAAGAGCAGGGGUUGGGAUGGGAAGGUGAAGAUGCCCAAGCUGAAGAUGCCCUCCUUUGGGCUGGCUCGAGGGAAGGAAGCAGACAUCUCGGGUGGGCGAGUCAGCCCCGGGGAAAAGCCAGAGUCCACAGCUGUGCAACUUAAGAUCCCCGAGGUGGAACUGGUUACUCUGGGGGCCCAGGAGGAGGGGCGGGUAGAGGAGGAGGCAGCUGGCAGCCGAGGACGGCUCGCAGGCCUGCAAGUGUCCCCAGCCAAGCAGGUGGGCACUGAGGCCCAGGACGGGGGGCUAAGGAUGCCGCUGGGCAUCUCCCUGCCCCAGGUGGAGCUCACCGGCUUUAGGGAGGCCACCCCGGGCCAGCAGGCUGAGAGUUCGGCCCCUCCAGCAGAGGGCACAGCAGGCUACAGGGUCCACGUGCCUCAAGUGACCUUGGCUCUACCUGGAGCCCAGGCGGCGGGUGGCGAGCUGUUGGUGGGCGAGGGUGUCUUCAAGAUGCCCUCCGUGACAGUGCCCCAGCUUGAGCUGGAUGUGGGGCUGAGCCGAGAGGUGCAGGAUGGGGAGGCUGCCACCAGUGAGGGUGGGCUGAAGCUGAAGGUGCCUACGCUGGGGGCUAGAGCUGGGGCUGGGGCUGAGGGGCCGGACGACCAGUCCGCAGGGGCAGAGCGCACCUUCCACCUCUCCCUGCCUGAUGUGGAGCUCUCCCCACCCGCCGUGGGCACCCACGCUGAGUACCAGGUGGCAGAGGGCGAGGGAGAUGCUGGACACAAGCUCAAGGUGCGGCUGCCCCGGUUUGGCCUGGCACGGGCCAAGGAGGGGGCUGAGGAAGGUGAGAAGGCCAAGAGCCCGAAACUCAAGCUGCCCCGCGUGGGCUUCAGCCAGAGCGAGGCGGUCAGUGGGGAAGGCUCCCCCAGCCCCGAGGAGGAGGACGCGGAGGGCGGCGGGGAAGGGGCCUCCGGGCACCGAGGUCGCGUCCGAGUCCGCUUGCCCCGUGUGGGCCUGGCUGCCCCUUCCAAGGCCUCCCGGGGGCAGGAGGGCGAGGCAGCGCCCAAGUCUCCCAGCGGGGAGAAGUCACCCAAGUUCCGCUUCCCCCGGGUGUCCCUAAGCCCCAAGACCCGGGGCGGGAGCGGGGACCAGGAUGAGGGUGGAUUCCGGGUGCGGCUGCCCAGCGUGGGGUUUUCCGAGACGGGCCCUCCAGGCCCCACGAGGAUGGAGGGGGCUCAGGCUGCCGUCAUCUGAAAACCCCUGAGCAGAGGGAGACCCCCGCCCCCGCCCCCGUCUCAUCUUUCCCACCCCCCACCCCUUGUUCUGUGUGUGAGUUAACUAGCACUAACCCUCAGAAGGCUGGGAGGUGGGCGACUGACCAGGGCAGGGCCAGGGUGGCCGUGCCUGGCUCUUUGGCAGGAGUGCCUAUGUCUUGCCAAGUCAUGUGAAUAAAAUAAUCCAGAGGUG